AUGGACCAGCAGCAAUCCCAGCAGCAGCAGGGCCAGCAGCAGGGCCAACCCGCUCCCCCCCCGGGUGCUGGUGGUGUUCAUGGUCCCGCCGGACGUCGACUGCACAUUGCUCAUCGUCGCAGCCCAUCCGAGCUGACUCCCUUGAUGAGCAUGUUUGCCAAUCCUGGAAUGGAGCAAUUGGCUAUCCAGCAGCAGAUUGAACUUCUGCAGCAGCAGCAGCAGCAGAUUCAGGCUACUCACCAGCAGUAUGUCAACAUGGGAAUGAUUCCACCUGGCCAGCCCAUGGCCCCUAAUGGAGCGUUCACUCCUUUGCAAUCCAUGGGCAACAUGCCACAAAAUGCCUUCCAGUUCCCCAACCAAAUACCCCAAACGGUUUCGAUGGCUCCCCCUUCCCAGCCGCUCUCCCACCGUCGCAACCAAUCCGCCCUCCCCAACAUGGGCAUGGGCCCUCCUCCUGCCCCGUCCGCCGGAGCCUCGGGCUCUGCCUUUGGCAACUUCGAAGCCCCGAGCGGCCAUAACCGAGAGAAUAGCAGCGCUCGAGGUGGAAGGGGUGGUGGAGGUGGUCACCAGAGGCGCCAUUCUUUGGCUCUUGCUGAUGCCAAAAAGGCCGCCGAGAUUGCCCAGCAGAAACGCACCACGACCGGCUUUCAGUUUCCCGGCCCCAACGCCGGCAGCGAUAAGCCCGACGACGAGAACAAGGGCGCCCAGCAGCCCAGUGCUGAGGGUCUUGCCCCGUCAUCUGCCCUUCGUAGUGGCCGCGGCGGACAUGGUCGUAGCCAAAGCAUGGCUGUCAACGGUCGCGGCGCUGCUGCCAGAAGCAACUUCAGCCUCGGUGGUGAUGCGGACUUCCAGCAGCGUCGUGGUGGCGGUCAUAACCGCUCCGGUUCGCGCAGUUUUGAAGGCAACUGGCGCACUCAGGGCCAGAAUCAGGAGCAGGGCGGCGCUGGCCAACCUCAGGGCUUCCAACCCGGCCACAGAUCUCGUGGCUCCAUGAAUCAGUCUGUCUCCUCCAUCGGCGCUUUCCAGUAUAACCCUGGCAAUCUGCAGCUUCCUGGCCAGAUGAUUAUGCCCCAGAUGUACGGCCAGAAUCUAAACUCGGUGCAGCUCAGCCAGCUUCAAGCUCUACAAGCUGCGCAGAUGGGUGGUGGCCAGCAGUUCCAGGGCCUGCAGGGCCAGCAGGGCGGACAGCUAGGCGGGCAGCAGCAGCAGCAGCAGCAGCAGCAACAGCGCAAGACUCUCUUUACCCCCUACCUCCCACAGGCCUCGCUGCCCGCUCUCCUCGGAGACGGACAGCUCGUCUCUGGUAUUCUUCGUGUCAACAAGAAGAACCGCAGUGACGCCUACGUUACUACCCAAGACGGACUCCUCGAUGCCGACAUCUUCAUUUGCGGUUCCAAGGACAGAAAUCGUGCCCUUGAAGGCGAUCUUGUCGCCAUUGAGCUCCUCGACGUGGACGAAGUCUGGUCACAGAAGCGCGAGAAGGAAGAGAAGAAGAAGCGUAAAGACAUCACCGAUACCCGCUCCAACUCGACCAACCAAGGCAAUCAAAGCUCCAACCGCGCUGAUGAUUCUGGCAACGCUGAGGGCGGUAUUCGGCGCCGUGGUAGUCUCCGUCAGCGCCCUACUCAGAAGAAGAAUGACGACGUCGAAGUCGAAGGCCAGAGCCUGCUCCUUGUAGAAGAAGAAGAGAUCAACGAUGAGCAGAAGCCUCUCUAUGCUGGUCAUGUCGUUGCUGUGAUUGAGCGUGUCGCCGGACAAAUGUUCUCAGGCACCCUUGGCCUUCUUCGUCCCAGCAGCCAAGCUACCAAGGAGAAGCAGGAGGCUGAGCGCGCUGCUCGCGAUGGCAACUCUGGCCGCAACGAUUCGCGUCAUCAAGAAAAGCCAAAGAUUGUUUGGUUCAAACCCACCGACAAGCGUGUUCCUCUCAUCGCCAUCCCCACGGAGCAGGCUCCUCGCGACUUUGUCGAGAAGCAUCAGGACUACGCCGACCGCAUCUUUGUCGCUUGUAUCAAGCGUUGGCCCAUAACUUCCCUCCACCCGUUCGGCACCCUUGUCGAACAGUUGGGACCUAUGGGAGACCUCAAGGUUGAGACGGAUGCCCUCCUACGCGACAACAACUUUUCUUCCGAUGAAUUCUCCGAUGCUGUCCUUCGUAGCGUAGGGCUUCAGGACUGGGACCUCGCAAAGGAAGAGGAAUCUUCAGUUUCUGCUCGCCGCGACUUCCGCGAGGAGCAGGCUUUCACUAUCGACUUCAACGGUGGUACCGAGCUGGGCAAUGCUGUUCACGUCAAGACACGCUCUGACGGGAAGAUUGAGAUUGGCAUUCACGUUCCCGAUGUUGCCCAUUUUGUCAAACCCAACUCUCUUGUUGACCGUGAAGCCAAGAAGCGUGGCACCUCUGUCCAGCUCGUCGAUCGCUUCUGCGCUCUUCUCCCGCCCAAGCUGGCUGGUGAGGUUUGCUCCAUUACCCCCGCAGAAGAGCGUCUCGCUGUCAGUGUUGUCUUCAGCGUCAACCCUCACAAUGGCUCUGUUGCCGAGGGCGAUGCCUGGGUUGGAAAAAGUAUUGUCAAGAGCGUUGGCAAGCUGUCACUUGCUGACAUUGAUGCUGCCGCUAGCGAUGAGUCUGCUUACAAAAAUGAGGCUGUUUCUCUUCAGACUGUCAAAAUUCUUCAGGCCGUUGCUCAAAAGUUCCGCGAGGCUAGACUCGGUGCCGGUGGUGAGCCUAUUGCGCCCUUGCGCCUAUUUCAGCAGCUCGACGACGAGAACCAACCGGUUCAAUUCAACAUCUUCGACUCCACCGAGUCUCUAGAACUCGUCGAGGAACUUAUGCACAAGGCCAACGCCUACAUUGCCCAGCGCCUUGCCGAAGGUCUGCCAGAAAAGGCUCUCCUUCGCCGCCAGUCUCCCCCCAAUCCUCGUCGUCUGCAGACUUUUGUCGAGCGCAUGAACGCUCUGGGCUAUGAUGUUGAUGCAUCGGGAAGCGGUGCUUUGCAGAACAGCUUGUUCAAGGUGGAAGAUUCCGAACUUCGUCAGGGUAUGGAGACUUUGGUCGUUAAGUCUAUGCAGCGCGCCAAGUACUUUAUCGCUGGCAAGACUCCCAAGCAGCUGUGGCAGCACUACUGCUUGAACCUCCCUCUUUACACCCACUUCACCAGCCCGACACGCCGUUACGCUGAUAUAGUUGUUCACCGCCAGCUCGAGGUUGUUCUGUCCGAGGGCAAGAUUGAGUACACUGAGGAGUUGGAAAGUCUGGUCAAGACUGUCGAGGCGGCCAACACCAAGAAGGAAUCGGCGCAGAACGCCCAGGAGCAGAGCGUGCACAUUGAGGCUUGCCGGAAGAUGGACAAGCAGCGACAGGAUACCAAUGGUGAUCUCAUCACCGAGGGUAUCGUCGUCUGCGUAUACGAGAGUGCCUUUGACGUUCUCAUUCCCGAGUGGGGCUUCGAGAAGCGCGUGCACUGCGACCAGCUGCCGCUCAAGAAGGCCGAGUUUCGAAAGGAGAAGCGCAUCCUCGAGCUGUACUGGGAGAAGGGCGUUCCCAGCUCUGCUUACGUCCCUGAAGACGAGCGUCCAAAGGCUGCCGCUUCUCAGAGAAUGACCAAUGCCAUGGCCGCUGCCAAGCAGGCGGAAGCAGCCGCCAAGGCUAGAAAAGAGCGAGAAGAAGCCACCCGCAAGCAAACGGAGACGGGCACCAUGUCCACCGAUGAUGUCGACGCCCUGUUUGAUGAUGACGAGGAUAACGUCUCAGACGUUACUGAGGCCAUGGCCGGUGCUUCUCUUGGUGACCGUCCUACGCAGAGUGUUCCCGGCUCCCCUGACCGGACAAACUUGGACGCUACCGCUCUUCAGCGUGCCCGCUCUGACUCGAGAAUGCCUGUUACCGACGCUGUUGAGUCGCGUCUGACCAACAAAGAAAAGUACUUUAAACUGUUCAAACUUCGCGAGGAAGACGGCGAGUAUAUUCAGGAUGUGACGGAGAUGACAAGGGUGCCCAUCAUUCUCAAGACGGAUCUCACCAAGAGCCCACCUUGUCUGACGAUUCGAUCCCUCAACCCAUACGCCCUUUGA